AUGGCGGAGAACCUCCAGAUUCUUAUUUAUCCGUACGCAUCGUCCGAAAAGCCACUACAGCAGGGGGAGAUAGAGCGCUGGACGGUCUGCACCGACUGCGGGGGCACCGUGAUCGAGUACGAUGCCGCAGCGGGGAACGGGUUCUGCGUGCAAUGCGGCACAGUCGUGGAGGAGAACGCGAUCGUCAACGAGGUUGCAUUCGGCGAGACGAGCACGGGCGCGGCUAUGGUGCAAGGCAGCUUUGUGGGACAGGGAGCUACGCAUGCGCGGAUGGGCGGUCCGUUUGGCAACAGAGGGAGCAGCGAGAGCCGAGAACAGACGAUUGCCAACGCUAGCAGAAAGAUCCAGCAAGUCGCCAAUGCGAUGCACCUGUCGGAGGUCGUCUGUCUCUCAGCAACACGGCUCUACACCCUCGCGGUCGAGCACAAGUUCACCAAGGGCCGGAAGAGCAUGAACGUCGUCGCGGUCUGCCUGUACGUGGCGUGCAGACAGAAGGAGACGCGCAACUACAUGCUGAUCGACUUCUCCGACAUGCUUCAGGUGAACGUGUUCGAGCUCGGGCACACGUAUCUGCAGCUCGUGCAGACGCUCAACCUGCGCCUCCCGCUCGUCGACCCCUCGCACUACGUCUCCCGCUUCGCCGCGCUGCUCGAGUUCGGCGACGAGACGCACCAGGUCGCGCUGGACGCCACGCGGCUCGUGGCGCGCUUCGACCGCGACUGGAUGACGCGCGGGCGGCGCCCCGCGGGCAUCUGCGGCGCGUGUCUGCUGCUGGCCGCGCGGAUGAACAACUUCCGGCGCAGCGUCGCGGAGAUCGUGCAGGUCGUCAAGAUCGCGGACACGACGCUCAAGAAGCGGCUCGACGAGUUCCGGCGCACGCCGAGCGGCGCCCUCACGUUGGCCGACUUUAGGAACGUGUGGCUCGACGAGGAGAUGGAUCCCCCCGCGUAUACGAAGGGUCGCGAGAGGGAGGAGCGCAUCAGGGAGGAGAUUGAAAAUGGGGGCACGGCGCCGGAAAAGAAGGGGAAGGGGAAAGGAAAGGCGAAGGCGAAGGGGAGGAAGCGCAAGAGGAAGCGGGGAGAGGACGAGGAAGAUGAGGAAGAGGCGGAGGCGCAUGUCGAGGCGCAGGAUGACUUCCACGCUAAUGACACUCAAGCAACGCUACCAGUGCUGCCUCCCCCAAUUGACCCCACGCUGCUCAAUCAGGGUAUCCUGGCCGGGACGACCAACCUUCCACUGUUUCUUCCAGACGACAGCGACACUAUGGAGGCGCAUAUUGACCCGAUUCUCCUUCAGUCAACGCAGCCAGUGGCGUCAACUUCUCAGCUUUCCCAUGAUGGACUACCAGACGAUACUUUCUCUGCUUCUGCUCUACCACCGUCGCCUCUGGACGAGACUGUCAACGCGGCGGUUACAGAGGAAGUGUCCGACUUCCUUGCGAACGUGCAGGGUGCGGAGUUAAGUGCAGCGCUGGACGAGGCCGAGGUGCGGCGGCGGGCGCAGUUCACAGGCGACGAUGAGCUCUUAGGUCUGGACGAGGACGAGCUCGAUCAGUUUAUUCUCACCGAGGAAGAGGUCAGAAUCAAAGAGCGUGUCUGGGUGGAACUCAAUAAGGACUACUUGGAGGCUAUCGCAGCGAGAGAGGAGCGGCAACACGCGGAGGACAAAGAAAAAUCGGGGGGGCGCAAGCGGCGCAAAACCAGCAACAAGCCUCGCGAUGCGUCCACGCCGAGUGGCAGCACCGUCGCCGAGUCCGUGCGCAAUCUCAUCAAGAAGAACCCAAAGUACAGCAAGCGAAUUAACUACGACGCGCUCAAGAACCUGUUCGUAGAUGGCGGGGCCAGCGCGAGACUCCCGACCCCCGGAUUCGACGACAAAGACGACGACGGGUUGUACAUCAUGGACGACAAAAGCGACGGCGAGGGCAUGGUCAUCAUCGAGGAGGGCGGCGGCGGUGUCGGCAUGGCACCGACGCGGGCACGGUCGACGGGUGCAUCGUCCAGUAAAGCACCGGGCGGCCGCAGCGCAGGACAAGCAAGCGACGUGCGCGAGGGCGAUGAAGACGCUGCCGGCGAAGAGGAUGUCGACGACGAGGGCAGCGAGAAGGGGGACGACUAUGACUGGGACGCAUAUGAGCAAGAAGUCUGA